GCCGCCGGUUCGGGCGCUGCGAGGCGCAAAGCGCGCAGCGUGUUCUUGGAAACGUCUUGGGAGGUUUACGCACGACGCCACGCCACGCAGCUGGAGCCGAAGCGGGACGCAGUUUAGUUCGGAAACCUCCUCUUUCCGUCCGCAUCUGCUUAUUUCCUCCCGGAUGUUUCUUUCUUCCUCCUCCUGUGUCACUCGGUUCUGGGUGACUUCGCUGUGACUGUUUCGGGUUGGGGGAGUGGAAACGAGCUUUCCACUCUGAAGGGCAGCAGCGUUUUUUCAAACAGAGCACACAGAAAGAGAGGAUGAUCCCACCGGCGAACGCAGUUCAGGACGACAGCGGAGGCAAAGAGGACGAGCAGGACCAGGAUGAAGCUCCAAAAUCCCCGACGAUGAGCGCCAGCCAGCAGGAAACCAAGAAUACUGUGAGACCUGAGCAUCAGAAGCGCAAGCUGCAGAGACUCAAACGCUCGCUUUCCUUCAAGACAAAGAGCAUCCGCAGCAAGAGCGCCGACAACUUCUUCCGGAACAGCAGCGAGAACAAGACGGAGCUCCUCUCGGAUGUGAGCAGCAGCACGGGCCAUCUCUGCAACAUCGGGAUGGCCCCGCCGCACACCACCAGCCUGCCCAUCCCUCCGGUCCCGCCCGCCAUCCCCUGCGCCCCGCCGCCAACGUCGCGCUCGCAGGCGCGCAACCCGCUGCAGGUGGACUCGGCGGGCCACUGCUUCAUGGAGCACAUCUUCAAGAAGCCCACGUUCUGCGACGUCUGCAACCACAUGAUAGUAGGAACAACAGCCAAGCACGUGGUGUUCCUGGCAGGAAACACGGCGAAGCAUGGCCUGCGCUGUAAAGCCUGCAAGAUGAGCCUGCACCACAAAUGUGAGAACGGAGUCGGCCAGCAGCGUUGCAUGGGGAAACUGCCAAAAGGUUUUCGCCGAUACUACAGCUCUCCGUUGCUGAACCAGGAACAGUACGGCUGCAUUAAAGAAGUCAUGCCCAUCGCCUGUGGGAAUAAGGUGGACCCAGUGUAUGAAGCCCUGAGGUUUGGGACGUCGCUGGCACAAAAGGCCAAGAGGGCAAGUGGCUCAGAUUCUCCACACAGAAACUCAGCCAGCGAUCUGGAUAACGUCCCAGAGGAGGUCGUGGCUCACAACAGUAGGCAGGAGUUGUCGAGAAAACACAGCGAUGACGUUUUCACAGUUAUGCAGAACGGAGCCGAGUGUUUGUACCUGCCAGAGAGAAAGGCCGAUGACUUACCGAUGGAUCAGAUCCAGCUGCAGAACGAUCCGCUCAAGCUCAACAUGUUGGUGGCCUUGUACGAUUUCAGCAGCCAGGAGAGCCAUGACCUGGAGAUGAGAGCAGGAGACAGAAUAUUGCUGGCAGAUGAUUCCAACGACGACUGGUGGAAGGGGGUGAUUAAGGACAGGAUCGGUUAUUUCCCAGCAGCCUUUGCUCAUGAGCUGCAGGAGGGAGAUCAGGUGUUCAGGUGCAACAGGACGUUCAUCGGCUGCAAAGAGCAAGGGCAGCUCACUCUGAAGGAGGGGCAGAUCUGUGUGAGCAGUGAGGGCGAGCGUGGCGGCUUCAUCAGAGUGGCGUUUGGGAAGAAGAGAGGCUACGUUCCCUGUGACGUCCUGGAAAUCAUCUGAGACAAAGACUCUGCGGAAGCAUGACAGGGAUAAAAAGCCGGACUGGAUCAGCCACUGGGACGUAAGAGGUGGAGGAACCGAAGGAGCAGGAAGAGAGUCGUUCACAUCGUCACAAAAUGGAGUUUAAUCAAGCACUGAUGGGUUUGGCACCAGAAACUCAGAAAAAACUCCACCUCAGACGAUCCUGCUCAAGAAGACGCUGCGACAACAAACUGCAAGGAGACAGGAAAUCACUGUGUCACUGUUUUUUACUUUUAAUUUAUAGAGCCUGUGGCUUUUGUUUUGUUUUUCUGUAGUUUAUUUAAAUAUAAGCAGUUGCUCAUGUAAAAGAAAACAGCAUAAAGUGUAAAAACAUAGACAAUUGCUUAUUGAAAUUAUUUUUUACAGUUUUUAUUACAUAAACAGAAUUCCCCUUUUACAUAGUUUAGUUCCCAAUGCUUUUAUACUACAGGAUUUUCCACAUAAAUGUUGCAUUUGUACGGAUGUAAAGAAUGGUAAGUGUAGUUUUCUAUGACAGAGUUACUGACCCCACAAGGCAGUACAAAAACAAACAUGUCUCUUUACAAUAAGAGAAUAUGAGCAUUUAUGCCUUGAUUUGUCCUAAAGGUUUAUGAAUUUGUUUCUUAUUUAUUUAUGUUUCUACUCAUUUGAGCUCUCUUCUUAACAUCAAACAAAACCUUAUUUUUAUUCUAUAAUGACUCUGAAACAGUAAAACUGAAAGAAAAAGAUGAGAAUGAGUCCUUAAAUCCAAAACGUAUUUUAUGAAGUGACCCUCACUGUGUUCAAAUUAAUCAGAAACAGUUACUGUUACAUUUUUCACAUUGUAAUAGAUUCAGUGAGAUCCCGGACGAGCCCCCAAAAUUAUUACGAAAAAAUUCCCUUUUCAGCUAGAAACCCUUAGCUUACCUAAUUUUGAGUAUUUAAUUUAAUAUACAAAGGCAUUUUUAUCAUACAGUAUGAAGAACAGACUUAAAUACUGCCUAAUUAGAUCAAAUAAGAGUCAAAUGAACAGAGCUAACUGGUCCAGAACAUGGUAGCAGGUAGCUAGUAAUAAUUAAAAUAAAGAAGUUGUACACAGACGUCCAGGUUAAUUCAGCCAAUGUAAACUGGUAAACAAUUGCAUUUCAGUAAUAGUAACACAACUCAAACAGUGAAACUCGUCCUAAAUUUAAUUACUGCAUGUUAGCUAAACUACAGAUUUUAUUGAGACAUAAACUACUGCCAGUCUUCUGGCAUUUUGUCAAUAAUUUAGGAUGAUUGGAGGCAAAAUGACAAGAAAACUGAUUCGGUCUUUGCAUGAAUCUGCAACAACCCAUGGAUUUUAACGUAAACAACGCAGUACCCUGCAGGGCAUUUUUACAUAGCCUAUUGACAGAAAUCAAAAUGUAGUUUUACAUGCUCUCAGUAUGACCUUGUAAAAGACCAAAAAUGAAGGAUUUAUCUAAAUAUUUAAAGAUUGCAUCUAGACUGCUAGAAGAAAUAAAGAUUUAACAUAAAACAACCAAAAUCCAAGAAUACGAGAUGUUCAAGACCUCCAGUCUCUAUUAUGAAAGUAAAAAACUGUAACCUAUAGUAAAUAUCCAGUGUAAUGUCUUGCAGUAUCUUUAUCCUAUCAUCUGCCACUUUACUUGGUAGGUUGUAAACAUUUUCUACAUGACUCAUUUUUAAUUUCAAGUCGCAGUUUAUUGUGUUUUUUUUUUUUUUGUUUUUUUCCUCAAAGAUUUAAGUUAUCUAAACUAUAAAGCUGUGAAAAGUUAUUGCCUCUUACAGCCUUUAUUUCUCUUUUUGUGUCAAUUUUUUAUUAUCAUCAAGUAAAUAAAAAAACAUCAUCUAAGCUAGCCUGAUUAAAUACAAGCAAAAUAUGCUUUAAACAAAGACUUCAUUUGAGGGAAAAAUCCUAUCCAAACCAAAAUAAACAUUCAGCAAUAAUUACUGACAGACCAGUAGAAUCAAGAUAUCCCAAAUGUAGCCUGAAAAUAUAAUGGUCGCGAUUUAGUAACGAGACAAAAGAUGUGCUAAAUAAAUCUCCUGACACUAUAACUGCACAAUUCAACAUUUCAAAAAUAAAUUUGCUUAAUGGAAACACUGCAAUUCCAAAAAAAUAAAAAAUCCCAAAUUUUUU